AUGCAGAGUCAAGACGUGUUUGCAGGAGGAUUUGGCAAUCGUUUUGCUUCAAAAUUUGGAACCGACACUACUGGCUUCAGCCAUGGCGCGUAUAACUCGAACCAGACUCCCUACCGCGGCGGCUUUGGCGACCGGAAUCAACGCAAAGGCUCCAUGGCUCCCCUAGCCACUUCGGCCAAGGAGCAGUCACAAUACAAUCCCAACGAACACACCCCUGGCGGUGGUGCCGCUUUUGAUAUGAACUUCACUCCACUGUUGCCAUCUCAACUUUUGCUGGGCAGCCCCUUUCAGCCGGGUUCCCCAGGUGUAUUUUCAUCGCCGCAGUUUCCCAGCUUUAAUCGCUUUCCCCAGGGUACCAAUGCUCUGCACCAGCAGACCCAGCAAUACCAACAGAACCAGCAAGCCCACCUUGGCAGCCCGACUCAGAUGAAUGCUCAGCCUCUGUCGCCCCAGGCAUUCCAGUCCGUCCUGUCACCGGACACCUUCACCACCCACUCUCCGACAGGCUUCUCUGGCCUUGGCGGUGCUGCGUUUGGACAUUAUCAGCCAAUGCUGGGAAUGGGCCAGACAUGGAUGUCGAGCACUAGCCGCACCGUCUAUCUAGGAAACAUUCCCGCUGACACUACUGCUGAAGAACUUUUGGGUCAUGUUCGAAGUGGGCAGAUUGAGUCGGUGCGUAUGUUGCCAGAGAAGAACUGUGCCUUCAUUUCGUUUCUUGACAGCAGCUCGGCCACUCACUUCCACUCCGAUGCCAUCCUGAAAAAACUGUCCAUCAAGGGCCACGACAUCAAGGUUGGCUGGGGGAAGCCUUCUGCGGUACCUACCGCAGUGGUCGUUGCCGUCCAGCAAUCUGGAGCGUCACGGAAUGUCUAUCUGGGCAAUCUUCCCGAAGACAUAAGUGAGCAAGAGAUUCGAGAGGACCUGAGCAAGUUUGGGCCCAUCGACACGAUCAAGAUGGUUCGCGAAAAGAACAUUGGAUUUGUUCACUUUCUGUCCAUUGGCAACGCCAUCAAGGCUGUAGCACAGCUUCCUCAGGAUCCCAAGUGGGGUCCUCCGCGUCGUGUCUACUACGGCAAGGACAGAUGUGCAUAUGUCUCCAAGACGCAGCAACAAAAUGCUGCUCAAUACCUUGGUAUUGCGCCUGGCUACGCUCAUGUGCUGAACGGGGCCGACCGCGACUUGAUCUCGAACGCUCUCGCACAACAGUCUGUGGCUGCAGCUGCCGUUGCCACCACCGCUGGUGGAGUAAACAAUCUCGGAAACCGGACGGUGUACCUAGGAAACAUUCAUCCAGAGACGACCAUCGAAGAGAUUUGUAAUGUCGUCCGUGGAGGUCUCCUUCAUCACAUCCGCUACAUCCCUGAUAAGCAUAUCUGUUUCGUAACCUUCAUUGAUCCAACAUCUGCUGCAUCGUUCUAUGCAUUGAGCAACCUUCAGGGCCUCAUGAUCCACAACCGACGGCUCAAGGUGGGUUGGGGUAAGCACUCCGGUGCAUUGCCACCUGCCAUCGCUCUGGCCGUCAGUGGAGGGGCGUCGCGCAACGUAUACAUUGGUAAUCUGGAUGAGAGCUGGAGCGAAGAACGACUUAGACAAGACUUUUCGGAAUACGGUGAGAUUGAGCUGGUCAACACGCUUCGAGAAAAGAGCUGCGCCUUUGUCAACUUUACCAACAUUGCCAAUGCGAUCAAAGCCAUCGAAGCUAUGCGAGGACGAGAAGAGUACAAGAGGUUCAAAAUCAAUUUCGGCAAAGAUCGUUGCGGCAACCCCCCACGCCAGAACAUUGCUCAUGUCAACGGCAACCAAGCUCGAUAUCAAGGCAAUACAGAGGGAAACACCUCUCCAGGGGGUAUGAAUGGCUUUGAGAGUGCCGUCUCGCAGUCGGAGUCUAGCCCAACGAGGUCGACGAUGCCAGGCGCGCUGAAACCGAUGAAUGGUCAUUCUCAGCCCCAGCGCCAACAGACUCUCCCAGCGACCUCGUCUUCUUCCAUAUUGAAUGGCGGCAACAGCAAUCCACUCACCAUGUACUUGACGCAGAUCUCUCAGCAGCAGGCUCAAGCUGAGCAGGACAUGCGCGAAGAUGGUUUUUCAUUCGCUUCUUUGCGGCAACAGCAACAAAAUCAGGCUCUGGCCACGCCUCAAACCUCAUUGUACGGCGAGAUGCCCAAUGGUCACGGUGGCCUGGACAUAGCACCCCCGCCGUCCCAUGCUCCUCGCCAGAAUAGCAUCGGCGGUGGUUUCGGCACCAAUGCGCUCAACAAGGGCACGUCGACCACCAUCGGUGGCCUCCUCGCACCAACCAACACUGGACUCGGGGCCACCAGAAGCUCCCACUCUCGGGCUGUAUCACUUCCGGCGUUUUCGCAGGAGAUUUUUGGCCAACAGUCUACACAACAGGGCCCAUCAUCGUCCCGCGGGUUCGGCGGACAUGCACCUCAGGGCAGCUUUGGAGGAUUUGGGUCUGCAUUCGGCACCGGGUUUGGCACCAGUGGCUUCAAUGGGCUCGGCCUGACGAGCGACACCCGGUCUGCACUUUCAGGCUGGGCGGAGGAGGAGAUUGGAGCAAAAUAA